AUGGACCCCUUUCGUGUGCGGCUCAACUGCAUCGACCAUUACCAAGCUGCCGCGUCGGAGCUGGACCCUCCACUGCCAUUUCGAGAUGGUGCAUCUGCGAAAAAUUAUCGGCCUAGGGUGCCUGUGAUUCGAGUAUUUGGUGCGACAGAAACCGGUCAACGAAUAUGCGUUCAUGUUCAUGGCGCAUUCCCGUACCUGUACAUCGAGUACAAUGGGUCUCUGGAGACUGAGGCGGUGAACUCGGCGAUUCAGACACUUCAUCUCUCGAUCGAUCAUGCCUUGGCUGUCAGUUAUCGUCGCAAUGCAUAUGACCAGAAGACCGCAUACGUCGCACACAUCACCCUCAUCAAAGGAAUGCCUUUCUAUGGAUACCAUGUGGGCUACCGGUUCUUCUUCAAGAUUUACCUUCUCAACCCCUUCUACAUCACCCGUCUUGCCGAUCUCCUCCAUCAAGGCGCAGUGAUGAAACGGCCGUUACAACCAUAUGAAAGCCAUAUGCAAUUCGUGCCGCAGUGGAUGUGCGAUUACAACCUGUACGGUUGUAACUAUAUGGACUGCUCAAAAGUCAAGUUUCGAGCUCCAGUACCAGAGUAUUUGGAGCUGAAUAACCUAGAACAUCGUUGGCAUGACCGCUCAAUUGAUCCCGAGAGCAUUUCCGAUGACCCCGCUCUUGGAAAACAGAGCCACUGCCCCCUAGAGGCAGACAUUUGUGUGCAGGAUAUUCUGAACCGACUUGAUAUCAAGGAACGUCCUUUGCAUCAUGACUUCACAGAGAUGCUACAUCCGGUUGCCUUCAAUGAGCGACUUGUCCCCAGCGUAGCAGGGCUAUGGCAAGACGAAACGAAGAGACGCAAGAAACGAAUGGGGAUAGUUGACCCAAGCAGUAGCCCAUUUGGGCCGGAAGAUUUAAUCUCUAUGUCUGCGGACCCCAGAAACAAGUCCAAAGGAGGAUGGAUCCAUGAAGAUGAGUUUCGUGAGAUGGCAGACCAAAUCGCAGCAGAGGAGAGGCACAGAGAUAACGAGACAGAUACGUGUUUCGAUACGUUCCUGACCACAGAGAAACAUGUCGCCAAUAUCAAAACAGCCUUGAGCAGCGUUGAGGAUUUCUUUCCGCAGAGAUUUGAUGAAUCUACUCUCCACAACCAAGCCUCAAAACCCGAUGAGCCGCCCCGAAUAGCUGUGAAUGAGGAGAUCGCUUUGUCAUCUCAACUGAAGAACUUCCCAGAAUACGACCAAGCCGAUAGCGCCCUUGAAAUCGGACUCGAAGCAAGGAAUAUGGAGACAAAGGGAAUCGCGCUGGAAGAAAGCUUCUACGAUGGCGUUUUUGAUGAUGUCGAUGUAGAAGAGCCUACAAACCAUGAAAUUCCUCAUACAGGGUUGGACCUGCAGAUCAAUCGGGAUCCAACCAAGAACUCUUCACCAUCGGCUUCAGAGGAAUACCAGGAAGCCGAUUUGAAAGCAGCCAAUGAAAGCCAAAGGAUUCUCAAGCGAGGAUCUGAAGAGUUCGUCUCUCCUGACCGAACACCUGCCAAAAAACCGAGAUUCUGGAGCACCUACAAACCAUCAAAACCAUCAAGCAAGCCAGUCAAUAGGGAAAAACCCGAAGACGAAGAAUGUACAGAAACUCCGGUUGAGCCUAGGUCUCUAUCGUCCCAGCCAAAACUAUCCUCUUCCCAGAGAACAAUCCGUGCCAAAGUGCAAAAUUCUAAUACCCGACUUAAUUAUCCCGUUGUGAAGGAUCCCAAUGAUCCUUUAACUAUUCUUCGAUUCAGUCAAAGCCAGAAUGAUUCUCAAUCUUCGAAGAAAGCAUCGCAGUCCCCCCAGCGCAUGCCAAGCUCAUUGCCAUCUGGCUCCCCUGCAGGCAACUCAGGCAAUAAUAACGAGGCAGCGUCUUCUUCAUUAACAGACUCUUCCUCUACAGUGGUGGGAAUCCCUGCACUAGAUCCACGCGUCUCUGAACUAAAGGAAACUCUUGCCGAUUCUUUCAAUUUCUUGCCGGGCAAUGCCUUGCGUCUUUUUAAACUCGCGGGCCCAAGUAGCAACGAGGUCACCUCCACCAUUGAUGCUUAUGGCCGUCCUUCAGUCGUCUAUCAAAAGGCAUACUAUAGCGAUGAGACCGACGUGCCUGAAAGGCCCCGACAAUAUGCAGGGCGGGAUUUUCGUUUGGAAAGCAAUACAAUCCACUUCCUCCCGGAGUUCGACCCCACGGGAAGCCUACCUGCAAUGUUCGGGGAGCAAUGUUCGAUUACUCUAGACCAAGAGCAGCAAGAAACAGCUGAUAGCCAGCUACGAGAAUCGUGCACCAUCAGAGAAUGGGAAUUUGCGCCUGUUCCACCUAGUCGAUCGGAAGUUAUUGAUUGGUUUGAGCAAUUCGAACGGUCUCAUUAUGUCACACCAAUAACCCCCAGUCUUCAACCGAACCCUAAGCAUGAAUUGCUGUCGCAAAUUGAAGGUCCAACACAGAAUCCUCAUGGCUUCAAAUACUCCCAAAAAAGCAAGAAGACCAGCGUGGAGCACCAAGCCCAGUACAUGAACACAAUGAGCUUAGAGGUGCAUGUGAAUACUCGUGGACAUCUAUCGGCCAAUCCCGCAGAAGACGAGAUUUCUUGUAUCUUUUGGUGUGUUCAGUCCGAAGACGCGGAAAUCGAAGUCAACAGCCACAUUCCUGGUGUCCAUGUUGGGAUCGUCUAUCAGGGUGAGGGCGAGAGGCCGGAGGCCAAGGUCUCCAAAGCACUUAAGAUUGAAAUGGAGUGUGAGCCAACAGAGCUUGACCUGAUCAAUCGCCUCAUUGAUAUUGUCCGCGAACAUGACCCGGACAUCAUUACUGGAUACGAAGUACACAACGGUUCCUGGGGUUAUGUUAUUGAGCGUGCUCGGAAAAAGUAUGACUUUGAGCUUUGCGACGAAAUCUCGAGGGUGAAAGCCCAGGCACAUGGAAAGUUCGGCAAAGAAGAUGACCGGUGGGGACAUGGUCAUACUUCGUCAAUCAAAGUGACUGGCCGACAUAUGAUCAAUAUCUGGCGUGCAAUGAGCGGCGAGCUUAACCUGCUGAAAUAUACCAUGGAAAACGUGGUGUUUCACCUGCUGCACCGCCGAAUUCCACAUUACUCUCACGAAGACUUGACACGAUGGUAUCGAAGCGGAAAACCUCGAGACAUCCUUAAAGUCCUCGAAUACUUUACCUCCCGAGUGCAAAUGAAUCUUGAAAUCCUGGAAGCCAAUGAGUUGAUACCGCGCACCAGUGAGCAAGCUCGACUUCUUGGAAUAGACUUUUCAUCUGUCUAUUAUCGGGGAUCCCAAUUCAAAGUAGAAUCUUUGAUGUUUCGAAUUGCCAAGCCGGAAAAUUACCUACUUGUUUCGCCGAGUAGAAGGCAAGUCGGACAGCAGAAUGCUCUCGAGUGUCUGCCACUUGUAAUGGAGCCGCAGAGUGACUUUUACACAAGUCCACUCGUAGUACUUGAUUUCCAGUCGCUAUACCCUAGCGUGAUGAUCGCAUACAAUUACUGCUACUCGACAUUCUUAGGCAGGGCAGCCUCCUGGCGUGGCCGAGACAAGAUGGGGUUCUUAGACUACGAACGACAGCCACGGCUACUGGAACUGCUCAAAGACAAGAUCAACAUUUCGCCAAAUGGCAUGAUGUACGCAAAGCAGGAAGUACGGCAGUCCCUGCUAGCAAAGAUGCUAACAGAAAUCCUCGAGACUCGAGUGAUGGUCAAAUCUGGCAUGAAGGCCGAUAAAGAAGACAGGAACCUACAGCGCCUUCUCAACAAUCGUCAACUAGCUCUCAAGCUGAUUGCGAACGUGACAUAUGGCUACACAUCCGCUUCAUUCUCCGGCAGAAUGCCCUGCUCCGAGAUCGCAGACAGCAUUGUCCAGUCUGGUCGUGAAACAUUGGAAAAAGCCAUUGCGUUCAUUCAUUCAGUGGAAAGAUGGGGCGCCGAGGUAGUGUACGGCGACACGGACAGUCUCUUCGUCUACCUGAAGGGCCGAACACGCGACCAAGCUUUCAACAUCGGCGAAGAAAUCGCCAAAGCAAUAACAGACAUGAACCCCCGUCCAAUCAAACUCAAGUUCGAAAAGGUGUACCACCCCUGCAUCCUUCUCGCCAAAAAGCGCUAUGUCGGCUUCAAAUAUGAACACCGCAACCAGACGGAACCCGAAUUCGAUGCCAAGGGCAUCGAAACCGUACGCCGUGACGGCACCCCCGCCGAACAGAAGAUAGAAGAAAAAGCCCUCAAGAUCCUCUUCCGCACCGCAGACCUGAGUCAAGUAAAAUCCUACUUCCAGCGUCAAUGCACAAAGAUUAUGCAGGGCCGGGUCUCCAUCCAGGAUUUCUGUUUCGCCAAGGAGGUCAAACUAGGCUCAUACAGUGAACGCGGUACUCUCCCCGCCGGCGCUAUGAUCAGCACAAAGCGGAUGAUCGACGAUCCUCGCCUGGAACCACAGACCGGCGAACGUGUUCCCUAUGUUGUGAUUACUGGCGCACCAGGUUCGCGAUUAGUAGAUCGUUGCGUGGGACCCGAAACGCUCCUACAGGAUGCACAGCUUGACCUCGAUGCUGAGUACUACAUCACCAAGAACAUCAUCCCGCCACUAGAGCGCAUUUUCAAUCUCGUUGGUGCGAACGUUCGUCAAUGGUACGAUGAGAUGCCUAAGGUCCAGCGCAUCCGACGCGUUGAGGCCUCCAAGGAAACGAAGGUCAUGAAACGAACGCUAGAAUCAUACAUGCGCUCCUCGUCGUGUGUUAUAUGCAGAGCAAAACUCGUCGACGCUACUGGUUCACUAUGCACAGAAUGUCUACAGCAACCGCAUCUUACUCUCUUGGGCGUUAUUUCAAGACUGCAGCGUGCAGAGAAGCGGGUUGUUGAUCUUGAGGCUGUGUGUCGAUCUUGUAUGGGUGUUUCUGCUAUCGACGAAGUUAGCUGUGAUAGUUUGGACUGUCCUGUUUUCUAUUCCCGGACGCGCGAUGUGGCUAGUUGGCACCAUUCGAAGGCUGUAUUAGAGCCGGUGGUCGAUUUAUUGGAGAAGAAGGGGGACGAGGGAUUGGAUUGGUGA